GCCCGCUCGACCGCGGCCCGGGCGGAUCCGGCGUGCCCGCCUGCCCUCCCCACCGCCUCCCCCGGCCGGGAAGCGGAGCCAGAGCGGAGCCUGGACAGAGGUCUCAUGGUACCAAGUGACGUGUCCUUCUUGUGAGAUCCAGUCCCCGGAACCUCCUGAGAAAAUGUCAGGAGUCCAGGCCGUCUGGCCUUCUGGUACGGAAUGCAUUGCCAAGUACAACUUCCACGGCACAGCGGAUCAGGACCUCCCGUUCAGCAAGGGCGAUGUCCUCACCAUCAUCUCGGUCACAAAGGAUCCGAACUGGUACAAAGCGAAAAACAAGGUGGGCCGUGAGGGGAUCAUCCCGGCCAACUACGUGCAGAAACGGGAAGGCGUGAAAGCUGGAAUCAAGCUCAGCCUGAUGCCCUGGUUCCACGGGAAGAUUACGCGGGAGCAGGCGGAGAGGCUGCUCUACCCUCCCGAGACAGGCCUCUUCCUGGUGCGCGAGAGCACCAACUACCCGGGCGACUACACGCUCUGCGUCAGCUGCGAAGGGAAGGUGGAGCAUUACCGCAUCAUCUACUCCUCCAGCAAGCUCAGCAUCGACGAGGAGGUGUACUUCGAGAACCUCAUGCAGCUGGUGGAGCACUACACUUCGGACGCUGAUGGACUCUGCACGCGUCUCAUGAAACCAAAGGUCAUGGAGGGCACCGUAGCUGCUCAGGACGAGUUCUCGCGCAGCGGAUGGUCGCUCAACAUGAAGGACUUGAAGCUGCUGCAGACGAUCGGCAAAGGCGAGUUUGGAGACGUGAUGCUCGGCGACUACCAUGGGAACAAGGUUGCUGUGAAGUGCAUUAAAAACGACGCCACUGCGCAGGCCUUCCUGGCCGAGGCCUCGGUGAUGACGCAGCUGCGGCACAGCAAUCUCGUGCAAAUGCUGGGGGUGAUUGUGGAGGAGAAGGGCGGUCUCUACAUCGUCACAGAAUACAUGGCCAAGGGAAGCUUAGUCGAUUACCUUCGCUCUCGAGGGAGGUCUGUGCUGGGUGGAGAAUGCCUGCUAAAAUUCUCCUUAGACGUCUGCGAAGCCAUGGCGUACCUGGAGGCCAACAACUUCGUUCAUCGAGACCUGGCAGCGCGGAACGUGCUGGUCUCGGAGGACAACAUCGCCAAAGUCAGUGAUUUCGGGCUGACGAAAGAAGCCUCUUGCACCCAGGAUACGGGCAAGCUACCGGUGAAAUGGACGGCGCCAGAAGCACUUAGAGAGAAGAAUUUUUCCACCAAGUCGGAUGUAUGGAGCUUUGGGAUACUUCUCUGGGAAAUCUACUCCUUCGGUCGAGUGCCUUAUCCAAGAAUUCCUCUGAAAGAUGUAGUUCCUCGCGUUGAGAAGGGGUACAAGAUGGACGCCCCCGACGGCUGCCCUGCAGUGGUCUACGAGGUGAUGAAAACGUGCUGGAACUUGGACCCCACGCACCGGCCUUCUUUCCACCAAUUACGGGAACAGCUAGAGCAUAUCAAAGCCAAGGAACUCUACCUGUGAGGUAGAUGGGAGGGGCGGGGCUUCCUCUGGACACGCCUCCUCCUCCUCCUCCUCCUCCUCCUCCCAUCACUUCCUGUGAUCCACCUCCUGUGCACGUGUGUCAGCGUAGGGACCGAGCGGAGCGAUUUUGUUUGGGUUUAUUUCAGGAAUCAGAAUUCAAGGGACUGUACUUAGAGAAGCAUCUCGGACUGCGCAUAUCCCCUCCGCAACCCGGCGAGUGGACGGGGUGUCGUCCGCCUCCUUCCCCCUGCAGGAAGGCUAUCGUGUCCCUUUUCAGCAGAGGUCAUCCUGGAGAUGCCCGAGCAAGACGAGAUGGCGGAAGCGGCACUCUCUCCCCGCUCUGCUCCCCAGGCCCGUAGGAAUCCCAAGCCGCCGGGUCGGGGCAGGUCUUCACCUCCCGAACACGCUCCGGUCCGCCCUCCUCUCUCGCAGGACGGCCUGCCCCUUCCACCCACCGUUAACUUCGCCCUCGAGCCCUAGUGGGCGUUCCCAGUCCUCACUGGGAGGAAUGGAAGGGGGCGCACGCCGAAGCGGCUCGGGGGAGGCGAGCGGGGGGCAGUGUCAGCGGGGUGAGGGGGAGAUGAGGAUACUUUUCCUGGCCUUCUCAGUCACUCCCAGAACUGCUGGAAAAUACCCAAAUUACCAAUCCAGUAUCUUUUUCUCUGUUUUGUUCUGUUUUUUUUUGACUGCUUAUUGUUCAGUUUUUACUUUGGUUAGUUUUUUAAUUAUUAUUUCCUACUGCUCCAGGAAUCAGCCAUUUUGCUGGGUUUUACUAAAGUUACAAAUCUUAUUUUUUAAUGUAAUGAUAAAAAAAGGUUUUAAAAAAAUGAACACACAUACAAACACACAUGCUACAAACAUGGCAAACUCGCUCAUCCCCCCCAACCGAAGGAAGGCAGGGUGAGUUUAAAACUGCAGAACCACCAGGACGAUGUGGGAAUUGUUUUGCUUAAAACGGUGUUUGCAUGCUGUCUCCAGAGGCCUUUUCCAGUCUUGUCUAGUGCUUUAUCUGCUCAUAUAAUACUGCCAACUGUGAGAUUAAACUAUAAUAAAAACCAUUCCAUACGAACACGUUA